AUGGACGGACAUGUGUUUGGAGAAGAUAGUGCCGAUAUUGAUUGGAAUACUGAUGACGAAGUGGAAAUUCUAGCAGGACCAGUGAAUUCUUCUCAGCCCACUCUAACAGCUAUGGGCAAUGGGGAGGCAAGCACAUCUGCAGGUGUUUCCCAUGUGAGUUUGAUCAACCAUUUUGUUGGGAUGGGGUUUUCAGAGAAACUGGUUGCCAAAGCCAUUGAGGAAACCGGAGUAGGAGAUACUGAAGCUAUUCUCAAUACCAUUUUAACAUUUGUGAGUCUUGAAGAAUCUCCUGAGCAACCACAACAACCGUUGAGCAUGACUUCUGAUCCAAGCUCUUCGGACUAUGACGACAUGCUUGUUGAUGAACUUUCAGAUUCAGGCAACUGGUCUGAAAAUGAAGUAUUGUCUGACGAGCACAAAAGGUUGUUAAUGUUGGAAAAUAUGGGAUCAAUAUCUGAGGAGGAGAAAAAACUGCUAGCCUUGGCAAACAUGGGUUUCACAGUGGAAGAGGCAGCGAUAGCCAUGAAAAGAUGUGGCUCCGAAGAGCCAAUCACUGUCUUGGUGGACUGCAUAUACGCUGCCCAAAUGGUUCGAGAGUCAGACUGCUAUAUGCCAGAAGAUGAUCUCAAGCGCAUCGUUGGGAUUGUAGGCAGCUGCAAAAAGAGAAAAUACCACGAAACCAUGAAGAAGAAAGAUGUGGUCGAGGACCCCAUCCGCCUGCCCAAGCCCAUGAUAGGCUUCGGCGUCCCAUCAAUCCAGCCCGAGCGCACGAGUUUCCGCAAUUUGCCCGAAGUGGCGCGGGGCCCGCCCUACUUCUACUAUGAGAACGUGGCCCUCGCUCCAAAGGGAGUCUGGGACAAAAUAUCCACGUUCUUAUUCGAGGUCGAGCCGGAGUUUCUCAACUGCAUACAGACGGCCAUUGGGAGUGCUAAGCUGACGGAGCGCAUAAGGGGAUGGGUUGAGAGCUGUGAGGGGGACCCGCCCGAGUCGGUGCAGAGGAAUGUCUUGGAGCAGUGCCGCAAGUGGAACCUGGUCUGGGUCGGUAGGAACAAGGUUGCCCCGCUCGAGCCUGAUGAGAUGGAGAUGCUUCUUGGAUUCCCUAAGAACCACACGAGAGGGGGAGGGAUAAGCAGGACUGAUAGAUACAAGUCUUUGGGGAACUCGUUUCAGGUCGAUACUGUGGCUUACCACCUAUCUGUCCUCAAGGAGAUGUACCCGAAAGGGAUCAACAUGCUCUCCCUCUUUACGGGCAUAGGCGGUGCAGAGGUUGCUCUCCACCGCCUUGGGAUCAAGCUGAAGAAUGUCGUCUCUGUUGAGAAAUCGAAAGUCAACAGAGACAUUGUGAGAAGCUGGUGGGAGCAAACGAACCAGACAGGGACCCUAGUUGACUAUGACGAUGUCCAGCAGUUUGACACUCCAGUGAUCAAGCAGAUAAUGGACAACAUUGGCGGGUUCGAUUUGGUCGUAGGUGGCAGCCCCUGCAACAACCUUGCAGGAAGUAAUAGGGUGAGUCGAGACGGGUUGGAAGGCAAGGAGUCUUCUUUAUUUUAUGACUACUUCCGGAUAUUGGGGACUGUUAAGGAUCAUAGUCGUCUGUCUCAGCAAAUGUAA